UUGGAAGGUACCUAGAUGCUGUAGUAGGUACAAUGUAUGAAUAAAAAGAUUAUUAAAUUAUGAAAACGUGACCAAUUAAUAUAUGCAUUUUCAAAUGGAUUACGCGAAUUUUGCAAUAUUUACCAAAGAUUAGGGAACACGAUUUAAAAUUGCAGAAAUAAUUAUUGCAGAAUGUCCAAAAACGGAGAACUAUCAUCAAACCAAGGUCCUAGUCGACCAAGCCUACCAAGACCCGAGCUGAAUUUAUUUGGCACAGAAAAACGUAAAAUUUUAGAUCUCCCAUUGAGUGGCCCGUCGAGCGAUGUCGCUUUUGUACCAUUUUCAUCGACAACUGCACAAAUGCAAAAGCCAAAAAUUCCUUCACGUACUAUUAGAGAUGUACUGCCAGAAAAUGCGAGAGAUAGAUGUCGAAUAUAUCCAUCAAUGCAGUCAUCUGGGAAACUACAGCUAUCUGCUACUGAAGUAUAUGAUUUCACUGCAGAUGACUUGCAAGAUCUGGGAGAGAUUGGCAGGGGAGCAUUUGGAGCUGUAAAUAAAAUGGUUUAUAGAAAGACAAGUCGUGUAAUGGCUGUAAAAAGGAUUCGCUCAACAGUUGAUGAGAAAGAACAAAAGCAGUUGUUAAUGGAUCUAGAAGUUGUGAUGAAGAGUAAUGAUUGUCUUUAUAUAGUGGAAUUUUAUGGAGCACUCUUCAAAGAGGGUGAUUGUUGGAUCUGUAUGGAAUUAAUGGACACAUCACUAGACAAAUUUUACAAAUUUAUAUGUGAAAGAAUGCAAACUCGAAUACCAGAAAAUAUAAUGGCAAAAAUUACACUGGCUACAGUUAAGGCUUUAAAUUAUUUAAAAGAAAAAUUGAAAAUUAUCCAUAGGGAUGUGAAACCAUCUAAUAUACUGCUAGAUAGAAGAGGAAAUAUAAAACUGUGUGAUUUUGGUAUAUCUGGGAAGCUAGUAGAUUCAAUAGCUCGGACAAGAGAUGCUGGAUGUAGACCAUACAUGGCACCGGAAAGAAUUGAUCCAGGCCGUGCAAGAGGUUAUGAUGUACGCUCAGAUGUUUGGUCUUUAGGUAUUACUUUGAUGGAAGUGGCUACUGGUGCAUUUCCGUACCCAAGAUGGGGAUCUGUAUUUGAACAGCUACAGCAAGUGGUUCAAGGGGACCCGCCACGUCUUUCCUCCAAUAACAACAUGUUUUCAAACAGCUUCGUUAACUUCGUUAAUACUUGCCUUAUAAAAGAAGAAACACAGAGACCUAAGUAUAACAGGUUACUGGAGCACCCAUUCAUCAAAGGAAUAGACCAAAGUCGAUCAGAUGUUGCUGCAUAUGUUUGCGAGAUCUUAGAAUCAAUGGAACGGAAUGGAGUGAGUCCUUUCACAACAGACCAGCCUGCUCAAGCCUGGGUAGAUUAAUCACAGUUUUCAGGAACUAGUUUAGUGUGCGUGACCAAUAUGUUUUAGAGUGAAAUCUCAUGAAAAUUGUUUUUAAUAAGCAAACUGCUCAAACUGUUUUUUGGGAGUUUUGACUUUAUGGUACGAUCGUCUACAAUAAGCGGCACGGAUUUUGAGUGCUGAUCUUCACCUGCACUUAAGCCAGUCUUUGCGCGUCUUUAGUGGUACGAAUUCCAGUUAUUUUUAUUAUAUCAUUAGGCUGUUGGCUCGCUAUGACUAUCUGUUGUUAUUUACUUUGUUCUCUGAAAUUCAAAAAGAACUCCCGACGAGUAUACUUCAGUACGACUUUAAUUAGUUUUCAUUAUAUUUUGCUUACUAUUGUUUGAUGAUCUAUUUUGAAAGAAAACAUGUAUACAUGUUAAAAAUUAUAAAAUCAUAGGGUGUCCGACAAUGGGUAUAUCAAGCCGAAACGUGGCUCUAGUAUCAACAAUGUAAAUCAUGUUUAAUAUGUAAAAAAAUUAAAUCGUAAUUAGUAGAUUCAUACAAAAACUAAUUUAUAAUAAUUGUUUCAACUGUUCGAAGGCAACCCUGAAUUUAUACAAUCAAAGUACCGUUAGGCCAUUCAUUCAGUCAAGUCGCAUCUGAACAAGAUAGACAAUAAAAAAUUCAUUUUAACUCCUAAACAAAACCAAAAAAUGCAACCAUGUUAUUAUUAGGUACCUACAAAAUUCAAAAAAACAAAAAAAAAAACAAACUUAUUACGGCAUUGUUACUAAAUUUCACCUCUAUCGUAAAGGCAAAAGCAGGUUGAUGUGCCGGCGCUUGUGGAGUGCUUAGGGUCAUUUCGCCUACUUGCGUCCACUUAGUGCAGUUGGCAAGUUUGAAGGAGAAAAUAAAAAUGUCCCAACACUAGGUAAUUUCAAUGAAAAGUUUAUGUAAUGUGUUCAUUAUAAUAGUCUAUUUUAAGGUAACUUAGUUUUUGCGAAACAUCUUGUAUUUUUAUUUUAAAAGACAAACUUCAGAAUUAGGCGUUUUACCCACUUUGCCUCCAUAAAAAUCAAUUUGCGUCCACCCGCUGGACCACUUCAUCCAUCAGCUUAGCAAAGGUAUUAAAGGAUAUUUUUAUGAUAUUAAAGCGAGAUUGGAUUUUAAUAAUUUAUUUAUUAAAGAUGAUUGAUGAUGAUGAAAGAUGAUUAUUAUAGCCUUAGAAUUUUAAUUAAUGACACAAGUCACAUUCAAAAGACAUGUUUGGCCUCUAAAUAACUUAAUCCUACUAAUCGCGUGCAUUUCAGAUGAUAUGAUCUAAUACACUUGUCACAGCCAAUGUUUUUCUCAUCGUCCUCUUCUACAUUUGAAAUUAGUAUAUCGUCACAUUCAGGACAUUUCACUCGUUCCACGCCUGGUAAAUUUUCUUUUUCAAUUUCCACAUCUAUCGUUUUCUUUGUGACUUCUUCAAGAGGGGGUGUAUUUCGUUUUUUCAUUUCAGGGCAGUUUUACGAACCGUUUGAGGGUGUUUUAAAGUUUUUUUUCUGUUCUUGCUUUUCUAUUAGUUCUCUUUAUUCUCUUCUCUUCGUUAUCUUCAUAAUACUUUCAUUCUCUUCAUAAUACUUUCUCCAUGCAGCAGAAGAUAUGGCUGGAGUUCUUUGAUAAUUUUUUCUUGCUUUGUUAGAGAUUUCAGGCAGCAUCAGGUGCUUUUCAAAUGAAUCAGAGGUGUUUCUUUUGUGUUAGUAUUUCAACAACUGCUGAAGCUGGUGGUACUCGAGGAGGUAGCGAUACAGCUGAUGCUGUAUGAAUCGAAGAAGUCAAAGCCGUUUCUGGCGUUUGUUCCUUAGUAAGGGUUUAUUUUUCAACACUAGACAUAGAGGGCGAUGAUGCAAUCUCUUCAAAUGGUAGAAUUAGAACGUCGUCUAAAGA